AUGAUCCAGGGAAGUAAAGAAAAGGUGAAAUGUUAUGUUGAAGAAACUUGGCCCGAAAUGCUCGAACUGACGAAAGAGACCUACCCCCAAUUUGCAGAACAUGUCGCAUCUUGGGGAAGAGACAGGGGAAACAGGGGAAACAUGGAAAGCAUCUACACUUGGGAAUUCUGCUCGAGGAUUUGGGAAAACAUUCCUGCUCUAACGCUUCAAUUCUUCAAUUCAUGCACCGAGAAGGUCCGCAAUUCAGUUCGUAAGAUCCUUCUCAUCGAGGACGAGAUGUCAGUAGGGCAAUAUCAUACUCACGGUCGCGGCUUCAUUUCACUCUGCCAGAAAAACAAAAAACUACAUAUUGAACACCUCGUAAACCUCUGGAAGACCGUAUUUGCACCCAAUUCGAACCUCCAAGAAAGAUAUCUUGACGACUGGUGCUAUCAGGGAGUUGACUCUAUGCAAAACGACCGUCUUCAGGCCUCAGAGGUCUCACAGUUAGUCGGGAAUUGGAUGGUCGAGGCUUUGGCAUUGCCUUCGCUCGGAAUGCCUGAAGGCUCAUUUACUCUUGUCUUAGAUGGAGACCCUAUACCCGAACACACCUCUAAAGUCUUCCGCAUAAUGCAGCGAGACGCCGCUUGGCAAGCUGCGCUUGGCCUAUGUUGUUCUCGAGGUCUAUUACCGAAACCUUCUUCGCGUCAACGUGGAUACAACAGUUGCUUUAUUUUUGAAGGAUUUCCCGAAGUAAUGCAGACACUUUCCACUACUAGCUCUCUCAUCAGGUGUAACUUCGACCUUGGUGUACCUUACGAUGUCGAAGCUAUAAUUAAAAAUUACCGUGAUCUGGAUUGGGAUGGAUGGUAUAGCCAAUGGUUCAGCCAUAGCCCGUCUGAAUUCCAGACUGAACCACCGUUGCCGCCAUGGCACGAGCUUCGGUGGCUACGCGGUUUACCUUGUUAG